UGCCUUAGCGAUGGACGGGGAAUCAGAACCCAGGCCUGGUGCGGGGGAGGGGGCGGGGCCUCCCUCGCCACAGCCGCAAGCCACGCCCCCUGAGGCCCCGGAGGAGGCGGAGGCGGUUCCAAUGAUGACAGACGGGGAGGUCGGCAACGAGGACGACGACGACGACGACGUGGUGUUGGUGGGGGAGGGGGCCACUCCCGCCAGCCAGCCCGCUGCCGUAUCCACGGCAACCAGCCCACCUGCUGACGCCUCCAGCUCCUCCGCCAAGGCCGCCACUGCCACCGCGGGGGCUACGGUUGCCACGGAGCCCAUCGUCAUCGACGACGAGGAGGACUAUGAGCACAAGGAGGAGGGCUCCGGGGGCCCCACGGCGGAGGAGGAGGAGGAGGAAGAGGAGGAGGAGGAGGCCCCCGGCUCCCCCGCCGCCGCCGCCGCCGGGGCCCUUAGCAGCACAGAGCCCGACUCGCAAAUCAGGAUCGCCAGCGUCACCACGCUGGGCGAUGACCCCGCCCCCCUCUCCUCCUCCCCCACCACGGACGAGGCCCCGCCCCCCAAGCUCAUCGCAGCGGAGCUCCCGGCCGACAUGAAGCUGCUGAUCAGCGGGGUGACGUCGCUGCAGGGUGGGCCGCCGGCCGCCACAGCGGUGCCGGAGACUCCAGCAGGGGAGAACGGUCUUCAGAUCAGCAGCACAUUCAGCCUCAACACAGACUCCUCCUCCUCCACCUCCUCAACCUCCUCUAAGGCAAACUCCUCCUUCAACCCUGGGAGGGGAGCAGCCAACAGUAGCCAGCCUGUCUCUAACGGAGACACACACACACGCACAGACUCUUGGAUCUCCCAGUCAGCUUCGUUCCCUCGGAACCAGAAGCAGGGCGGGGUGGACUCCCCCUCGCCGGCCCCCUCGCUCCCUAAACCUCAGGGCCAGUCUUCCUCCUCUAACGCCGCCGCCCAGCCCCCGGCGCCGCCCCGGACCGUCAAGGUGACCUGUGCCAACUGUAAGAAGCCCCUGAAGAAGGGCCAGACGGCCUACCAGCGCAAAGGCUCCACCCACCUGUUCUGCUCCACCACCUGCCUCUCCGCCUUCUCCCACAAGCCCGCCCCCAAGAAGACCUGCACCAUGUGUAAAAAGGACAUCACCACUAUGAAGGGGACCAUCGUGGCCCAGGUGGAUUCCAGCGAGUCCUUCCAGGAGUUCUGCAGCACGGGCUGCCUGGGGGCCUACGAAAACAAGCAGAACCCCCCCAAGACCGCCAUCAAGACCAAGUGCACCGUCUGCGGCAAGCUCACAGAGAUCCGGCACGAGGUGAGCUUUAAGACGGUGACCCACAAGAUCUGCAGCGACGCCUGCUUCAACGUGUACCGCAUGGCCAACGGCCUCAUCAUGAACUGCUGCGAACAGUGCGGAGACUACCUGCCCAACCGCGCCACGGCCAACCACGCAGUGCUGGUCGACGGCCAGCAGAAACGCUUCUGCUGCCUCAACUGCAUCAAGGAGUUCAGACAGGUGAACAGUAAGCUGUCCAGCUGCUCCAGCUGUAAGACCCUGAUCAAGACGGGGGAGGUCCUGCAUGGCGUGGGGUCCUCAGGGGUCAUGGGGUCGUUCUGUUCGGCUUCCUGUAUGAGCAAACCCAAGGUCGCCACGCCCCUGGUCCUCAACGCAGAGCCCACGUGUCACUUCUGCAAGAGGAUUUCCUUGCCGCAGUUCCAGGCCAUGCUGCCAGAGGGCGACGUGCUCAGCUUCUGUAGCUCCCAGUGUGUCACCAAGUUCCAGAAUGCUGCCGUUGAGACGGUUACCAACGGGCAGCCGCCGGUCGGCACGGCGACCAACAGCAUCCAGCUGAAGUGUAACUACUGCAGAGGAGCCUUCAGCCUGAAGCCUGAGAUCCUGGAGUGGGAGGACAAGGUGCACCAGUUCUGCAGCCGGAGCUGCUGUGAGGACUACAAGAAGCUCCACUGCAUCGUCACCUUCUGUGAGAACUGUCAGGAGGAGAAGACCCUCCACGACACCCUCAACAUCUCCGGGGUCAAAAGACCCUUCUGCAGCGAAGGCUGCAAGCUGCUCUUCAAGCAGGACUUCAUCCGGCGGCUGGGCCUGAAGUGCGUCAGCUGCAACCACUGCAGCCAGCUGUGCAAGCGCAGUGUGACGCGGCAGCUGGGCGGCAUGACGCGCGACUUCUGCAGCGAAGCCUGCGCCAAGAAGUUCCACGACUGGUACCACAAGGCGGCGCGGUGCGACUGCUGCCGGGUGCAGGGCAACCUCACGGAGUCUGUCCACUGGAGGUCUGAGAUGAAGCAGUUCUGUGACCAGAAGUGUCUCCUGCGCUUCUACCUGCAGCAGAACCAACCCGUCAUGGUCACGCAGAAGGGACCGGAGAACAUCAGCCUCGGCGUCGAGGUGCAGGGGGCUAAACUUGGGAUGCUGAGCCAGGGCUCUAUGGUGUACCCGGGCCUGCUGCGUGACGUAAAGAACAAGGCUGUCCUGUGUAAACCUCUCACCCUGACCAAGGCCACCUACUGCAAACCCCACAUGCAGAGCAAACCACUGCAGACAGAUGCGGACGACGGCGUGAAGCGGGAGUUCAUCCCCGUGCCCAUCCCCAUCCCCGUGUACAUCCCGGUGCCCAUGUGCAUGUACGCCCAGCUGACGCCCUUGCCCUUCUCCCUGCCCUUCCCCGUUCCAGUGCCGGUGUUCCUACCCAGCUCCCAGCAAGGGGUGGACCAACUGGUCCAGAACAUCACAGACCUGAAGACCAAAGUCCUCCAUGAACCUCUGGAGACCCUUAGACCAGAACCCUCCCAAGACAACCACAAACCAGUUUCAGAAGUAAAACCUCUAAAGCUGAUGAAGGAGCGUGGAGCCGGAGAGUCCUCCUACUCAUCGUCCUCCUCUUGCUCAGGCAGUGUGAGUGAGGAAGAGGGGGAUGAAGAGAAGUACAACCUUGAGAUGGACCUGGAGAAAGACUUCCCACAAGGUCCAGACUCCGACCACAAGGCCACCCAGGAGGACCUAGAGGAGGACAUGGACUCCACGCCUCCCCCUGCCCUGCACAAGGAGAAGGAGAAGGAGGACGAAGAGAAGGAGGAGAAGGAGGAUGAGAAAGGGAAGGAGACGGAGGUGCAGGAAGAGAAGGAAACAAAUGUAAUUGAAGAGGAGGUGGAGGAGAAGAAGGAAGAUAAGGGGGAGGAGGAAGAGAAGAAUGAAGACGAGGAGAUGGAGGAGGAGAAGGAGACUCAGGAUAAGGUGGGGGAGAAAGAGGAGGAGCUGAAAGAGAAGGAAGAGGAGGAGCCGAAAGAGGAGGAGGAGUCGAAAGAGAAGGAGGAGCUGAAAGAGAAGGAGGAGCUGAAAGAGAAGGAGGAGCCGAAAGAGAAGGAGGAGCCGAAAGAGAAGGAGGAGCCGAAAGAGAAGGAGGAGCUGAAAGAGAAGGAGGAGCCGAAAGAGAAGGAGGAGCCGAAAGAGAAGGAGGAGCCGAAAGAGAAGGAGGAGCCGAAAGAGAAGGAGGAGCCGAAAGAAAUGGAGGAGCUGAAAGAGGUGGUGGAGAAAAAGAUGGAGGAAGUGCCUCCCGUCCCUCAGGCCAGGAGACAGGGUCACAAGCGGCGUGCGGUAGAGGCGGGAUCCGUCCCUGCGUCGCCGUCCUCCGUGCAGACUCGUGGUCGGCGUGGGAGGCAGCGGCGCGUCCCGCUGCGGGCACGCUACGGCCUCAACGCCUGGAGACGCUGGGCACUGUCCCCCGCUGACCAAUCACACGACUCCAAAGAGCCGGACAGCGCCACACCAGCAGACGGGACCCGGUCCAGAGCAGACCUGCUGUCCCUGAGUCCAGAGGAGCUGUGCGUCUCCCUGAGCCGCUUCGUGCAGGAGGUCAGCCGGCCCUGCGGGGGGCGCUACUCCCCAGACAGCAUCCUCUACCUUUGCCUUGCCAUCCAGAAGCAUCUGAAUGCUAAAGGACGUAAUGACGACCUGUUUGGAGACCCAUGCUACCGGCGGUUUGGAGAGGAGUUGGACCGGAUCUUGACGGGCUGGCAGCCCAGUCUCCUUCCUGAUGGCUCUGCGUGGGGUCGUGUGGAGGAGGACUCUCUGUGGCGGAGCCGGCAGCUGGGGGAGCACAGCCCGACCUCCCUGCUCCUCUCCCUGGUCUUCCUGAACACCAAACACCUGGGCUUCCGCUCCGUGGACCAGCACCUCCGUCUCGCAUUCACCGAUGUCUACGGCCCCGACGACCAGCUUCCUCUUACCAAGGAGACCGCCGUCUGCAUCCGCGUGCCCGCCCUCUCUCAGGAACUACCCGGCUGCAGGAAGAGGAAGCGCCAGGCAGAGGAUGAAGACGCCGACGACCUCGAUGAGGCGUCAGGAAGCUCCGCCCCUCGGAGUCCGUCUCACCUCGAACGCGAGCGACGCCUCUAUGAACUCUACAGAACCAAAUGUCCGUCGUCGUUACGGGACAGCUCGAGCGGGUUCUACGUAAGGCCAGUUCCGGGCGCUGGCACCGAAGACCCCCUGUGGUUCAGCUCGGAGCCCCUGGAACAGAGCGCUUUGGUGUCCCUACUUACCCGUGUCCUCGUAGUGCGGGAGGUCUACUCAGACAAACAACGGCACCCCCUACUGGCGGAAGAGGAGGAGGAGGUGGAAAUGACAGCCCCGGACCCUACAGUCUGACCUCUUCACCCAGGGGACACUCUGCGCCAAGCCCCUCCCUCUCCAAACCAUCGUCCUGUUGAGGAACAUGAGGACUGUCUAAGAGGAAGAGGUUGUGUGGUACUCGCUGUCAUCUUCCUUUCUGGGGGGGAACCCACCCCAAGCCACAUCUUGUGUUCCUCUGCUCAGAAUAGUAAAAUGGCGGGAAGUGUGAUGGGAGACGAGGCGCCGCACUGAGAUCCUUUCUGGGUCCCCUGUUUUUCUAGGACUGAAAGCGACACCCACAGCCUUGUGUCUGUAGGGCGCCCAGAGCUCAACCUUCCUUCAACAGGUGCACUCUCUCCCAAGACGGCUGCUCUGGUGGAGGCAGCAAGAGAAGACGCCUACCUCCCUUUCCUCUCCCCUGGCCUGUUCCUAUACCUUCAACGCCUAGCAGCACACCCACUAACGGCGUGCAUACGUGUGUCCGUAGUACAUCUGCAUUGUAAACAGGGGUUUCAGUGUUUGACAUCGGCCUAAAUGAGGCGUAAAACCUGUCGUCUGCGCCCAACGCUAACAGAAAUGACAACCGGUCAGCAAUAUCCCCUCCUGCUUAUCACUAUCACCACCACCACAACGUCACUUGUUCAACCCCUUUAACCAUUAACCCGGAUCUCAGGUCAGCUGCACCCCAUGACUCCCGGUCGCCCUAGCCAGAUAUUAAGGACUUCCUGUCAUAAGUCUCCCCUGUUUGGCUGGCAGAGCUAGCCGCUCUGCUGUGUGUUGUUAGAAAGAUUAGGACCAUGUAGCAUUAAGUUCUUACUAAGGCUGCUGUGAAGCGUGUGUGUGUGUAAAUAUAUAUUCCACAAUUCCUCAACGACGGUGCGGCGUUAAAUGAACCCAAACGAAGCUUGAAGACUAUCCUCCCAAAAAGCCUAAAAACAUGCCUAAGUGUGUGUUUUUCAUUUUGUGUAGUUAUUAUUUUGCGUGUACAGAGCGCACAUUUGUGCCCCGUUGAGAGCGCAGUGUGUUGGUGUCAUGUCUCACCACCCCCUCCCAACUCUCCCAGAGUGCUUUGCUCCCAAUAGGAUGCUGUAUUAGAUGAGGAGUGUUGCCCCGGCAACGCAGCAUGCUGCGGGACUGUCUAGAGAACUGAUUUUGAUUUGAGUUUCUCUCCUUUAUCAACUGGUGUGUCACUCAUGUAAACUUCAACCUCCAAAAACAAUCUUUGUUCCUUUUUUUAUUUGGAUAUUUCUGUUUAAAAAAAAAAGGGUAUGGCACCUGCUUGUUAAAAUAAUGAAGUUCAGAGUUUUAUUUUGAGGGUAUGUUCAAAGAAGUCGAGCCUUGUUUAAUAAUGAAGUGGAGAUGUAUUUUAUGAUAAAGGAUUUUGUUUGACAUUGAUCUUCCUCUGGUUCCGCUUGCAACAGUCUUCAAACACAUCAACUUCCUCUUUUAGAGCGCUUCUGUUCUGCAGUUACCAUGGUUACUCACAGAACCAUUCUGUCCAUUGUUUGAUCUGAUUAUAAUUCACUCAUUAAAGAGCUCGCUAAUAGUUAGCCCACAUAUAUACUGUAUUUCAUUUCCCAUUGUAACGUUACAGGAAAACACGUGUGUGAGGUAUAGCCCUUGGUUCAGGAUCUAGCCUAUCAGAGGGGUUCCCUCCUACCUUCAUCUGGGUGGCUGCAAGAUGGCUGACCAGGCUCCCGAUCUUUCUGCUAGUAGGGGUGAGAGUUGGAGGGUUCUUCCUGCGAUGCCUAUGUGAAUGUGCCUACCUGUAAAUACUGAGGAGUGUUGGUGUCUUAAGUCUGAUGCUGUGUGGGCUGGUCUGCCAAAACGUUAAAUAAAAUGCUUCAUUUCUUACCUGAACUGUUUUCUCCUUGUGGUUUGUUCAGUCGUAACAAAUGAAUGCAAUAUGUUGCAAACCCAUGUGAGCUCCUUAAAUACCUUCGGUAGGGAGCCGUGAUGGGACUUUUAAGAUUGGAAAUGUGUGCGAUGUGCUGGUGUUAAAGGGAAUUAAACUAUUAAACUCGAGCAGAGAAACAUUCUGUCUGAUGGAAAAAGUCUUCCACCUGAAACAUCUUCAAGCGAGUUAGUUUUCCCUUUCCAAAAUCCCUUUGGAAGAGUCUUCAAGGCUCCAUUGGGACAAAUACUUCACAUGAAAUGGUUUGGGGAAUUAGGAAUAAAAUGUAUUUUAAAAACAGACCAGUCAUUGCAAGCAGUUACAAUGAUAAUGUAGACUUUAAAGCAAAAAUGACGAUGCUUUAAACCAUGGCCUAACUCACCUUUACUCAAACACCACACAACUAAUUUGAAUAUUAAUACAUAACUUAAUUUGGUCCAACUGAUUUAUUGGCUGGUCAGUUUUCACCAGAGUUGCACAAUCCUGCCCUGCCUGGUAUCCCGUUUCCUUUGACGUGAUCGAACAAGCAUCCCCAUGUAUAAGAUGACCAUGGUUCCAGGUAGGUUCAGUGACAUCAGUAAUGACCUGAUGGCACCAAGGGAUGAUGUCAUAUGGCUCCAAUUUCAGCCCGUCCAAGGCUGAUACACGAGGGGGGGCUGUUACCCGAUGUUAGUCCCUAAUAUUGAUUAAAGCAGUAACAUUAGUAAAAACACUUUGCUUGUUUAUAUUUAAUUUUCCUUUCA